AUGACUGUGAGCUUCAGCGACAAUAGGGUCAUAACCACGUUGAAGUAUUCCAAAUAUAGAGUCAAACCCACCAUAGUAAACGGUGAGGCUGUGCAAAAUAAAAGGGUGCCAUAUGUCGUGUCCAUCAAGGUCAUCAACCGUAGAGUUGAAUACGACAAAUGGCUCUGGCUCAAUUUAUGCGGUGGCAGUAUAAUAAGCGACUACAAAGUAUUGACAGCGGCGCAUUGUUUCGAAUCAAACAAAUUCUACUUUGUUAACCACCCUAAGUUUUUGAGGAUAGUGGCGGGCUGCGAGAAAACAGACAUCGUUCACUCCGGCAAAACAGAGACCACAGACGAAGGACAAUGGAGGAAAAUCGAAAGAGUUGUUCUUAACAAGAACUUCUUGUUCCCUUACAAUGAUAUCGCUCUGGUGUUUGUGGAUGAAAAGUGGCGUUUUAAUCAAUUUGUUAAUUACAUAACACCAGCUGUGAGAUCUGCGGAUUAUCCUGACACGUGUUAUUCGGCAGGAUACGGAAAGUUGUCUGAUAAAUUCUUUGAAAUUGAUGCACCAUACUUGUUAUUGGCGCGCAUAAGAGUGUUGCCGAGAUGGCAAUGCUCUGUAUUAUGGGAAAUGAAUAUGAAUAAAUUUAUUUGCACUGAUAGCACGCUCGGUGACGUGGCGAAGGGUGAUUCUGGUGGGCCUUUGGCGUGCAGAGGUAUAACGAAUGUGGGGCAAGAGCGCGAUGAAGUAUUGGUCGGAAUAGUGAGCGGAAAGAAUUUUGAUAAAACAACUUUGUAUACAAGAGUAUCUGCUUAUCACGAUUGGAUUCUUUCAGAUUGCUGUACCACUCAAAUGGCACCACCAAUGUUAAUUGUAAUAUUAAUUAAAGUACUACUUUUAAUAUAUCUUUUGAUUCUGUUGUACUUUUUGUUCUGUGGAGCGUAG